CAACAAUUGUCAAAACAAAAGCCGUUUUGUCUCGGUAUGAUUUUUCGUUCAUAACUUCGAAAGUGUGCAUUAAGUCAUAUCCUGAAAUUUAUGACAUAUCUGAUUCUAAAUUUCAUGGCUACUACAAAAAGUACCAUCCAAGGAAAUCCAAACUGAGUAAUUUAAGUAAAUUAAGAAGACAAUAAUGCCACUAGUUUCACAAAAUGAUUUACCUCUCAUAUCAAUCUCUAGCUGCUUGGCUCUUUCUGUCAAUAGCUGGAGUAAAGGUAUCCAAGUCCCAUUUAACAAAGCCAGAAUUGCCUGGAUCUUGCCUUUCACAACCUUGUGUUCACGGUAUUUGCAUUGGAACUGCAUCAGGUGGACAUCAGUGUUUUUGCCAAAAUGGUUAUACUGGUUUAAAUUGCCAGACUAAUUAUGAUGACUGUCGCAGCGAACCUUGUUUCAAUGGUGGUUCAUGUAUUGACGGUAUUGAUGACUUCACAUGUGUUUGUGACCAAGGUUUUACCGGCACCACCUGUGAAUCGGAUAUAAAUGAAUGUUUGUCAGACCCCUGUUUGAAUAAUGGACUGUGCGAAGACUUGAUAAAUGACUACAUUUGUCAUUGUCCUCUCAGUUAUACAGGUAUUAACUGUGAGCAUUACUUUAAUGUGUGUGCAGUGGAAAGCAGCAUAUGUAAAAAUGGAGGAACUUGUUUACUGGGCCCCAAUAAUACUACAAGUUGUAGCUGCCCUCCAAAUUUCUUUGGAGAAAAAUGUGAGCUUCCAGUUUGUCCAUGUGAAAGAGGUGGAAUAUGUAUUGGAGAACCUGAUUUUAGUUGUUUAUGUCCAUUUGGUUGGACUGGGAAAACAUGUGAAACUGAACUUGAAACAUGUGAUCCAGAUGUUUGCAAUGGUGGUUUGUGUCUUUUGGAUACUUAUGCUGAUCAGAAUGCUACUACCAAUGUUACUUGUUUCUGUAUUCCUGAUUAUCACGGAAAAUUCUGUGAACUACAAUAUAAUGAAUGUAUACCAAAACCAUCAUGCUCAAAUGGCGCUACUUGUGUUGAUGAUAUUGAUGGAUAUUCAUGCAUUUGUCCUACAGGAUUUAUAGGCUCAACCUGCAAUGAAUCAUUUGUGUGUUAUGGAGAUGACUGUAUAAUCACUCUUUUAAAACCAUCACUGACACUGCCAGCAUAUUCUUUCACUAAUGUUCAGAGUUCUGACCUAGAUAUUUCAUCUACAGGAAACCCACAUUAUGUUCCAUCAUUUCCAUCAACUUCACUUGAUAUUCAUCUGUAUCCCUCUACAAAUCCAUUACUCAUAAAAACAUCUGUUGUUAAGAAAAGUGUUAUUGAAAGAACAAUAUCUCUUACUGAUAUCAAUAGAGAAAAAUUUACUUUAAAUUCUGAACUUUCUAAUGACUUUCAUUCAUCGGAAACUUUUGCACAUAGUCAAAUAUCUCUUUUUGUGUCAAAUGAAAUGGUAAUUCCAACUGCUCCAGUACUGAUGCCAACAGCUAUGCCAUCUAUAGAACCAACGAAAUUGUUACCUACAUUUCAUGCACUAAAAGAAAAUAUAAAUUCAUCUGAAUAUAAUUUGCCAAAUACCUUUUCAAACUGGAAUAUGAAAACAACAACUGAAAUUGUGUCAAAUAGAGUAUAUUCUAGUCCAAAUCAUCUUACAUUACUUGAUACACCAAAGCCAUUUGAAUUUUCUUCAUUUAUGUCAAACACAGGUGUCAGUCAUAUACUUCAUUCUACGAUACCCUUUGAUGUGCCAAACCAAGUUUCUUUAUCUCUAAAAACUAUGCAUUUUAUGAGUUCAAUUCACAGUAUGCCUGUAUAUCUGUCUGAUAAUGCAGCUGGCCGAGGUCUUCCUGACUACUGUGAAAGUGUACAUUGCCAAAAUGGUGGAUCACCUGUUACAGUAGCCGAGCUAGAGGAAGAAAGUGGUACAAAAUGUGAGUGUAUGUGUCCUCUUCUGUAUGCUGGGCCAAACUGUGAAAGAGAGACAUAUUUGCUCAUUCCCCAAUUUCACAAACCAUCCUUCUUAAAGCAUGCUUUACCAACUAUUGAUCCUGUUAAAGGUCUGGAUAUUGAUAUAAGUUUCAAAAGUUCAUCAUCAGAAGGUACAAUACUGUUCACUGAAGCUUUGAAUAGUGGUUCCUUUCUGAUGUUAUACAUUGAGAAUGGCUUGCUCAAAUUUAGAUUUUCGUGUGGGCAUCAAACAACAAUUUUUAUGGAAACCCAUGCAUCUGUUAACAACAGUUUUUUUACAUCUGUCUCAAUAUCUUUAUCAUGGAGCCCUGAUAUUGCUCAAGUGAAAAAUGCUUCAUGUAAUGUUGGUUUGCUAGUUAAUGGCUCUGCACCAAUGAGUGGUCAACAAUUUGUAGUUUUUCCAAGAUUUGAUUUCAGACAUAUCUAUAUUGGAGGUAUUCCUACUACUUUUAAAAGCUCUGUUCCAGAAAUACAUCAUGUACCAUCUUUGGAAGGGUGUGUUAUUUUUCUCCAAAUUAAUGGUGAUGAAAAAGAACUUGUUCAAGAUGCAGAGAUUGGUGUUGGAAUUACAGAGUGUUACAGCAGUGCAUGUUAUAGGAAUCCAUGUUUAAAUGGUGCUACUUGCAGAAGCUAUGAUGAUCACUGGAAUUGUGAAUGCCCAGAUGGAUUUGCAGGCCCAUUCUGUGAACAUAAAACUUGCUUCGCUAAUCCAUGUGAACAUGGUAGCACCUGCUUGCCAGAUCUAGAUAAUGGUUAUUUAUGUGUGUGCCCGUAUGGAAAGCAUGGAAAGAAUUGUGAACUAGAUCUAGCUAUAACUCAUCCAUCUUUUUAUGGAGAUAUAAUGGGUUAUUCUUCUUAUGUGCAAUAUCAGUUAUUUUCUGAUUAUCAUUAUCAUCUGGAGAUUAGGUUAAUGUUUUCUGUUGUUGAUAUGAAACGUAAAUCUCUUCUGCUUUUUAAUGGACAAUUAGAUUCUUUUCAUCUUGCUUAUGAUUUUCUUAGUGUUGGACUGCAUUCUGGCUAUGUUAUUUACAUGUUUAAUUUAGGAUCAGGAACAAGAACAUUGAAAAGCACAAGACCUUUAAACCAAAACAUAUCUAUCCAUUCUGUUCUUGUUGGAAGACACAGGCGCUAUUGUUGGAUGGAAGUAGAUUCACAAACUAAAGUUGUUGGCUUAGCAUCUGGCCAGUUAACUGCACUCAACACUCCAGCUGCACUUUAUGUUGGUGGACAUCCAAGCUAUAAUUUUAGUUUGCUUCCUGAGGAACUUCAAGGGCUGAGGGGCUUUUCAGGCUGCAUAUUUGGUAUAGAAUUUAGAAAUAGUCCUGGUGGAAUUUUUCGAUCAGUCCAACCAGUUGUUGAUGGCCGUAAUAUACAGCAAUGCAGCAUAACUGAAUGUGAUUUAAUUCAGUGUGCCAAUGGUGGAACAUGUGUUGAUGCUGGUUCAACAUUUCAGUGUAUGUGUGCUGGUGGAUGGGUUGGAACUUUAUGUACUCAGAAGGAAACUCCUUGCUCUCUAGGAAAUCACAAGUGUCAUACAUUGUCACUAUGUAUUCCUUUAAGUGAUGGUUAUCGAUGUGAUUGUCCAUUAAGUCGCAGUGGUAAAUAUUGUGAAAAAAAUAUUUCAGUGAGUGAUCCUCUUUUUGAUGGGGCCAGUUCGUAUCUCUCUUUAAGGAUGAUAAAUGUCCGACACAGCAUGGAUGUUAUUAUUAGCUUCAAGCCUCUCGCUGAUGAUGGGCUACUUUUCUACGCUGCUCAGCAUUUAAAUGAAUUAAGCCGAGAUUUCAUAUCUUUAUCUCUGGUAUCCGGAUAUGUACAGUUGCGGUUUAAUUUGGGUACAGAUCCAACUUCCACUGUUGUCUUGAACUCAUUUCAGAAAGUAGAAAAAAAUGUUUGGCAAACUGUAGAAUUUGGAAGAUAUAAAAGAGCUGCUUAUCUGAAAUUAGAAGGUGAUGAGGAAGUGACUUCUAUAUCUUCCCCAGGAAUGGAAAUUUUGGAUGUUAACACUGAUUUCUACCUUGGAGGUGUUCCAGAUUUGUCUGCUCUCCCAACUGAAGCAUUAGAAUCUGCACCCACAUAUUAUAAAGGAUGUAUGCGAUUAUUUUCUGUCAAUUCUAUCAUUAUGGAACUGAAUUCUAAAGGUGCCAUAAGUGGUCGAAAUAUUGAAGACUGUGAUGGGACUCCUUGUGGAUAUGACAGUUGUAAAAAUAAUGGUAUAUGCAUCCCUAAAGAAGAUGGUUUCACUUGUGAAUGUAAAAAAGAAUUUCAUGGUCUGACAUGUGAAGUUUAUGCUCAAUGUUGGGAACAUAGCUGCCUCCAUGGUGCUACUUGCAUGCCUGAUGGCCAGUAUAAUUACAAGUGUUUGUGUCCCAUUGGAUGGCAGGGUGAUAAGUGUCAGACUGCCAUCAACGUUUCCAGUGCCCAUUUUUCUGGAGCAAGUUAUUUACUGUACAAGGAUUUAUCUUACAAACAUAAGGACUUGACAAAAACAAACAUCUCUUUCAAAUAUUCCUCAAAUGAAAAUUUUGGUCUUCUGCUUUGGAAUGGAAAGAUUUAUUCUGAAGACGGUGACUACCUUGGUGUUGGGUUGAGUAAUAAUCGUUUGCACUUGGUGUGGAAUUUAGGUUGGCUUUCAAGGAGUGAAAUUAUUACUAAUGUUAUUCCACCAGAUAAAAAUGCAUGGCAUCAUCUUCAAAUUGAAAGAAGCAAUAGCGUGUUAAUGCUGUAUGUCGAUGGUAAAAAGUACACGAGUAAAGUUUCUGGUUCAUUUUAUGAGCUGAAUACUGAUGGAAGUUAUUACUUUGGUGGAUUUCCUAAUGGUUUGAAUAUUGAAGCUGAAACAUUAGGAUACUUUUCUUCUCCUUUUAUAGGAUGUUUAAAAGAUUUGGUAAUAGGAGGUAAAAAUGUGAAUAUAAUGGAUAUAAAAGAAGGAAAAAAUCUUGAACCGUGCUCACUAGAAUAACUGUAACAUAAUUUUAAUAAUUGCUGCAUUUUAAGUAUUUUUCUUGGUUUGCUGUAUUUCACAUUAUCUUUUUGAAAAGAUAACAAAGUCCAUUACUUUUAAUAUUUUCUUCAAAUAAUAUGACAAGCAAUAACCACUUUUAUAUUCACAUAAUUGUGUUACUCUUUCAUUAUUUAUCUUGAAAUCAAUCUGAAGUCAGAGGUUUUAUGAUUUUAAAUGUGUGUUAAUACUUUAACAUGGUUUGCAUAUGUAUAUAAAUAGGUAGCUUGUACUCCAAAUCUAGCGAUGUUUCGGAAUUAACCUGUGUAAGAUUACAUUACUGUAAUCCAUAGAUGCUAAUUUUUUAAUGUUCUGAAUCAAUAUUGUUAUGCAUCAUUACGCAAACUUAAUGCCACUGCCAUUUAAUAGCAUCAAACAGAAGACAACACACUGUCCACUACACUCCACCUUCAAGGACUGCAUCCCACGUCAAAACAUAUUUUGUUCCCAGAUGCAAAGAUGGGGUAAUAUUGACUGACUGUAAUAAAAUAAACCAACAAUACACAUUAAAAGCACUUUAAAAAAUAUCUAAAUCUGAAUAAAUGUAUAUGUAAUUUUCAAAUUUGGAAAAGAAAGGAGGAAGGAAAUUUUAACAGUCGAUAAAGGGUUGCAUGGAGCAAAAAAGAGUUGAGAAGCCCUGGUCUACCUUGUAAGUGACAUUUUAUUUGGGCUGUGUUUUGUAGCUGUAAUAAUCUUAAAAGUUCCUGAGUCCUAAAUAAUUCUUGAUGAAUUCUAAAAUUUCAAAAUGUUUUGUGCUAUGCAAGGUAUUUAAUUUGAUAGUAAUGAAUAUUAUUCUAGAAUUUAAACGUAUAUUGCAGUCCAUAUACAGAAAUAUUUAAUAUUUUUCUGUUAACGGGGUGGCAGUCAUCAAAUAGACACCAGAUGUAGUAGGCUAUUUAUAUUGAUCGCAUCAUUAGCAGCUGUGCAGUGAUCUUAUAUGUGUAAUGUUAAUUGUGCACAAUUUGUGCAGUUCUCUGUUAGUGAUAUGUUUUCAUGCAAAAAAAAAAUUGGAGAAUUGCACAAAUUUGGCAUCACACACAGCCUUAGCAUUGCACACAUUAAUAUAUUAAAUAUUAUAUAUAUUGAAUUCAUUAUAUAUAAAAAACUUACUCUUUCCAUGAAUGUCUAUUUUGUGUAUAAUAUUAAGUUACAGCUUUCAUCAGGAUGCCUCCAUCUAGUUAGAUUUCACACCAGUGUUCAUGUUUGGUGCUAAGUUAUGCCCUGUUAACAGAAAAAUUUCAAAGAUUUUUAUAAUUUUCAAAGUGUCAAAAAGUAUUUAUGUGCUUUAAGCUUAUAUCACAACAAAUAAGGAGAUAAGCAUUUCAUUAUCAUCUGCUAUAGAAUAUUGCUAAAGAUUACUUAAAAACCUGAAAAAUAAGUCGUCUUAUAUGAAUCAAUCAUUUAAAAUUACAAAUUUUUAUAUCGUAUCAUUUUUCUGUAAGAUAACCAAAGAUUUUUGAACUAGUCUAUCUGUCUGUAUACAUGUUUAUUUUCCCUCACUGUUGCACUAAUUUUGUGUACAUUCAGCUGCUUCUGGAAGUAUGAAUGUUGUGAUGUGCAUAGAGCACAUGAAGUAGGAACUUAGUGUAGCUGAAUAAGAACCAUCUAUGACAAAUUCUUAUGCCAGAUUUCCAAAUAAGAAGCUCUAUCACCUGAGCUUUCCAAAAAUACAAAUUAAAUUAUUUGGUAAAUUGUAUGCUGAUAUAUAAUACUAUUUUAAUUACAAAUUAAAUCAGAUAAAUGUGUUAUUAUUAUAAUAUGUUAUUAAUGUUAUAACAGUAAUGUAUGUAUCAAAUUUAAUCUAUAAUUACAUAUUUAAGUUUAAGUUUUAUAUAUUUAUGGUCUUAGAAAUGAAAAAAAUAUCUAUUCAUUUGGCAGAUUUCUGCAUCGACUACUUUUCUCUAACACACAAAAAAUUUUGGUAAUUUAAACCUAUUUUAUAAUAUAAUCUCUGCAGGCUUUCAAAAUUUAUAUGUUAUAAUA